AUGUCAGCAAUAAACCGUAGUGCUUACUGGGUUUGGACAAAGAAUUGCACCUACUCCCACGAUCUUGCCCUUCCUUUGGUUCCAUACAUGGACUGUCCCUCCAACCGCAAGUAUGCUUCACACUUCAUACCGCUUGUCUUUUACAUACUGUCCUUUCUUGGAACAAUUGGAAAUCUCUGGAGCCUGUGGGUUUGCCUACGGCCAUCCCAGCCUUGGAGUAUCGGAUCCAUAGGUGUUCUUAACCUGGCUCUGUGCGACCUUGCCUAUCUGGCCUCUAUGGGACCCUGGGCAUUCUACAUCAGCUCUGACUACCACUGGAAAAUAGGUCAUUCACUCUGCAUCACGGUGAAAAUUCUGUACUUUGUCGGGCUGACAUCCAGUACCAUGUUCAUCUGCGCCAUCAGCACUGACCGAUUCCUUGCGAUUGUCUUCCCUCUUGAGUCCAGAAUGAUCCGCACUCCACGGAACAGUGCAUUGGUUUCACUUUUACUAUGGGCUAUUACCGCCCUCCUCAUUUAUUUCAGUUAUCCUAACAUUCUGUACUGGGUCAGGAAGGAUGGCAUCCAUGUAUGUGGGUCUAUGGUGAUCUCCAGGUUCAGAACCACUGAAGCAACCUACAGUCUCUUGUCUUACUACUCAAUUCAGGUAACUGUCCCACUGCUCCUCAUCAUUCCCUCAUAUGUGAAGAUCAUUGCCCGGAUGAAGCAAUCACAACAGCAGUGGGGCCCAGGCAACGUGCAAGGUCUGGAGAAGAGCAUCUGUCUAAUUGCAGUUUUCAUUGCCAAUUUCCUGGUGUGUUGGGUGCCAGGGCAGCUGCUUCACAUCAUCGCCUGUAUUAUUUUCUUCAAUUUGGAUGACUGCAAAAACACUUGCUGGAUUGCAUGGGUGGUCAACCUACUUGCCGAAGCCUCCCAACUACUGUAUUGUCUCAAUGCAUGUCUGGAUCCCUUAAUUUUCCACAUGCAGCAGGGACAAGGCAAGCUGCUUCAUAAGGUAGUGCUGGCAAACUGGUGUAGAAAGUUAUUACAGUUACGUAAGAAACAAGACUUGGGAGGGCCCUCAGUGGAACCUCCUUAG